AUGUUCAAUCGUGCCAGUUUUCUGACGAGAUUAGUGGCAUCUUCGGUAAAAGUGUCCGAAACUGCUGGAGGUAUUAUUAAAGUGAGUUUUUUUUUGUUGUUGGAAAAAUAUCACAGUAUGGGUUACUACCCGAAAAUGUUCCCCCAUUUUUGAAAAAGCUUGGAGUCACAGAGUGUAAUUUACUACCUCAAAUAGCUAGACCUCAAAUUUUUCGUUAAUUUUUGGGUAGAUCAAAAAAUAAUUUUUCUCUAAAUCUCUCGUUUUUGCGUUGAAUUUCGUCGAUUUUAGUCCCACCCCUAAGAUCGUGUCAGGUCUCAAAAAAUGCGCGAAAAUUUUCGGGUAGUAAAUUGCACUCUGUGGGAGUGGGAAACUAAAAUUGACAAAAUUCAACUCAAAAGUGAGAGACUUAGAAACAAAUAUUUUUGAUCUACAAGAAAACGUUUUGGAAAAUUUGAGACCUUUGUCAGAACAUAACAUAAUAUUCUCUUUCAGAAUGUAAUGACAGCUGGUGAUCUCAAAAUAGUUAAUAAAUGUGAUGGCGGAUAUGAUCCACAAACUGAAGCAGAUCGACGAGCACAAUAUUGUAUAGUUCAAUCAUUGCAAAAUAGAUAUAAAGAUUUGAAAAUUAUUGGAGAAGAAGAUGAGACAACUGCAUGUCCAGAAGUUGAAUUAGGAUUUAGUGAAGAUGUUUUGAAUUUGGAAUCAUCUCUAAAUUCUGAAUUACGGAAUAUAAAAGAGGAAGAUGUUGUUGUUUGGGUUGAUCCAUUAGAUGGAACAUCAGAAGUUGCGUUGGCUGUUAAAAAUAAGAAUUUGGGUAAGUACUUGAAAAAUGCUGGAUUUGCGAACAUUUCGAAUUUUCAGCACUUCUGGAGCAAGUAACAGUUCUGAUUGGAAUUGCACACAAAGGUCGAGCUGUUGCUGGAAUUAUUCAUCAACCUUAUUUUUCUGAAAAUGGGCGGACUGUUUGGGCGAUUAAUGGUUGUGGAGUGCAUGGUAUCACACCAGCUCAAUGUAAGUUUGUUUUUGGAAAAAUUCCAAUAGCCAUCUGUUAUAUUUUUCAGCGAACGCGAAAAAAGUAGUUGUUACAACUCGAAGUCAUUUAUCUGAAUCAGUGUCCAGUGCAUUGGAAGCAUUGAAAAAUAAAGAUCUCGCUGAUAGUAUUGAAAAAGUUGGUGGAGCUGGUUAUAAAGUUCUCAAGGUUCUUGAAGGAAGUGCCGCCUAUGUUUUCGCAAGUGCCGGCUGCAAAAAAUGGGAUACAUGUGCUCCAGAAGCUGUAUUAGAAGCCGCUGGUGGCAAUUUAACCGAUAUUUCUGGUCGCAAAAUUCGUUAUGAUUCGAAUAUCCAACUCAAUAAUACGGGUGGCGUUUUGGCAACAGCUUCUUGGGUCAAACAUUUGGAUUAUGUUAAUUCGAUUCCUGAUGAUAUUAAGAAUCAAUUACCCGAAGUUGCCAGCAAAAAAUGA